UUUUAGCUUGGGAUCAGACAGUCAAAGCUCUAAAGAUAUAUGUCACUCUUAAAGAUGUCAACACUGUCGCUUCAGAGAAUGUUAAAUGUAACUUUGGGCCAAGAAACCUAGAAUUACGAGUAUUGGAUUUGGAUAACAAAGACCAUGUCUUACGAAUUAACAACCUGUUAAGUCCAAUAGAUACUCACAAAGCGCAUGGAAAGUGAAGAAAGAUAUGGUCAUUAUAACAUUGGCAAAGGCAUCUGAAGGGAACUGGUCCCAUGUUACAGAAUAUGAGAAGAAAUCAAGUGAAUUGAAGAAACCUAAACUGGGCGGCUCUGACAAUGCAGACCCUGAAGAAGGACUGAUGAGUUUAAUGAAAAAUAUGUAUGAGUCUGGAGAUGAUGAAAUGAAAAGAACUAUAGCGAAGGCUUGGCACGAGAGUCAAACGAAGCGCAACAUGUAAGGCUCUAUGGUUUGUUCUUUCAAAUUAGUUUAGUCAUAUAUUACCAAGUAAUAUUGGUAUUGUCCGUAAAUAACAGUCAUGAUAUGUCUUAUCUAAGUGAAUAC